AUGCAGACAGCACAGAGCGCACGUGGGAAGUUCGCACACUUCGUACAUCGCUUUAUUUUCAAGACCUCAAUGUUUCUAGGUCUGUUGCCGUUCAAGUAUAACAGAGAAAAGAACACUUUUCGCUUAUCUCGAUUCGCGCUUAGCUACAGCAUCGUGAUGAAUUCGCUGAUAUUCUUUUGGGUCGUCAAAAAUUGGCCGGACAUGUCGAACUAUGAGCUCUUCAUUGAGAAGCCGCUGCAUUAUAUUGUGGAGAUCGCGAUCACUUAUGUGAAUAGCGUCGGUAUGGUUUUACUCUUCUGCACCACCUGGACUGGUAGAAAGCGUCUGCUGGCGCUAUUCAAUGAAAUCGUCGCUGUGAAACAGUUAUGUGAUGCAAAAGACUUUCUGCGCAAUUAUGAUGCCAGCAAGCAGGAGAAACGCAUUAUUGUGAAAUUUUGUUCUAUGCUCUUGCAAAAUCUCGUUUUCGUCAUGGCAAUGUUCUUUGUGAGCUCCAUACAGGACUGGAGCUUCAUCUUGGUGCUAAUCUUGGCUAUGAUAAUGCUGAAUGAAAUGUAUUUGAUAUCGAAUCAAUUCUAUCACAAUGCGCUCUUCAUCAAUCACUCCAUACUGGCUGUAAAUCAUCGGCUCCGUUGUUUGAGCACCAAAAGGCAGCCAGCAAGCGCUGGUGAGAUUAACGACAUCUUCGGCGUAUAUAUGCGUUUGAUACGCUUAAUAGCGCAGAUAAUGAAGGCCUACGAACAACAGUUGCUCGUCAUAAUUUCAGUGCGUUUGAGCGUUGUCGUGCAGUGUCUCUUCUACACAUGCAUGCUCUUCGGCGGCAAGGAGUUAAACGUGCAAAUGUUGGAUUUGCUAUAUUACUUGGAAAUUAUAUUGUUAACCUCCUUGGACUAUUGGCUGAUAAUGGGCAUAUGCGAAUCGGUGUGGCGUGCGCAACAACAGACGGAGGUGGAGCUGCAAAAUUUCAGUAAUUUUCAUAUUUUGCAAACUAGGGUGGCGAGAGAUGUGCGUAUACUCUUAUGUCUAACUAUAAGUAUCAAGUAUAACAUACCAACUUUUUUCUAG